AUGCCGGCCUCUGACAAGGCACCUGGCUGUGAUCUAGUCCAAAGAAGCAAUUCUGACUUCAUUAUUGAUGGCAAAUGGAAACUCGUCCGAAAAAUUGGAAGUGGUUCAUUUGGCGAGAUUUUUCUUGGUCUUAACAUACAGAACGGCGAGGAAGUAGCAGUUAAACUUGAGAAAGUUACAGCCAAACACCCACAAUUAUUCUUUGAGGCAAAGGUCUACCGUGUCUUAACGGAAACUCCUGGGUUACCGCACAUCCAUUACUACGGACUGGACGGUGUUAAUAAUGCUUAUAACGCUCUUGUUAUGGAUCUGCUCGGUCCAAGCCUGGAGGACCUAUUUAAUUUCUGUGGCAGAUGCUUUACAAUGAAAACUGUUUUGAUGUUAGUGGAUCAGAUGCUUUGGCGAAUUGAAUUUGUCCACAGCCGUCACUUUCUCCACAGGGAUAUAAAACCGGACAAUUUCUUGAUGGGCAUUGGAAAACAUUGCAACAAGCUUUUCAUUAUUGAUUUCGGUCUGGCCAAAAAGUACAGAGAUGCCCGAACCCACCGUCACAUUCCUUAUCGGGAAAACAAAGCCCUUACGGGCACGGCCCGUUACACUAGCAUUAACGCCCAUGCCGGCAUUGAACAGUCCCGUCGUGACGAUCUAGAAUCGCUUGGCUACGUUUUGAUGUAUUUCCUCCGUGGGUCACUGCCAUGGCAAGGAUUAAGAGCUGCAUCGAAGAAGCAAAAGUACGAAAGAAUUCAUGAGAAGAAGGUGAGCACGCCAGUGGAGUCACUGUGUCGCGGUUUCCCGCCUGAAUUUGCACUUUACCUCACUCAUUGCCGCAAUCUACGCUUCGACGAGACGCCCAACUACGGUUUCCUGCGCAGCAACUUCCGUUCCCUAUUUAAGGCUCUUGCCUUCAACUGGGACUUUGUUUUUGAUUGGACUCUGCUCCGUCAAAAGGCCUCAGCCAUACUCCAGCAUUCGAACGCUGUUGCACAUAACCUACCUGCCACUUCGGCUCAACAGAUUAUGGCUCAAGGACCGAGCCCACCAUCGGAGCUGGUGCGAGGAACGGACGCAGCUGCUGAUAUACCUUAA